AUGAACGGCAGUUGGGGUUCCAGACUGACCUCGUCUGGCAACUCUCUUAAGAAGAAGCCUGUUUCCGGCCUUGUGAAUACGGGAAACACAUGCUUUUUCAAUUCUGCUCUUCAGUUCCUUAACGCCAUUAGACCGAUUUCGUAUCCGAUUUGCCUCCAGGAGAGCAUUCCUCCAAAUUCUGAGACAGACGAGGACAUGUAUUUUUAUAACCAGGUAAUUGCGCAGUUUGAAGACGUUGUGCGUCGUAUGAGAAAAGAACGGUCGGUUUGCUUGGGAAUUAGCCCACAGAGUCUCUUUUCACUUAUGGAGACUAAGUAUGAUGGUAUUCGCCACGGCAUUCAGGGGGAUGCCCACGAGGUUCUGACCCUGGUGCUGGAUGCCGUGAUCAGGGGCACAAACAAGAACCACAAUAAGAAGUGCAACUAUUAUGACCCAGAUGGCAACGAGGAUCUCAAAGACGCGUAUGAAAAGUCUCGCUCUGCGAAGCUUGUUGGGCUUGAUUCGCCGUUCGAGCAGUGUAUAGAAACAACAGAGAUAUCUCGUACUGUGUGCACUCAUUGUGGAUACACCAGUAUUGGAUUUCAACACGGGAUUGGACUAUCUCUACCACUGCCGUCUGCUCCCGACUCAGGUCUAGUUUCCCCAGCUUCCGCUGAUAACAAAAUAGCAUAUGAUAGUUCCACUUCACUGACACACAUUGUGGUCUAUGUUCAGGAUAAAUGUAAAAGCAUUCAUGAAUUCCGAUUUUACAUCCCAACUAAGUGUCUUCACAUUGACUGUAUUCACCGCGAAUUGGAGGACAUAUAUCGCGAAAUGAUUUAUAACAGUCUUAUUUCUUUCUCUCGAAAGCAGAACCUUUUCGAUGAUUUCCUUAUAACUGCCUACAGCCACGAGUUCGAUCUUACUGACCUAGAUGUUAUUGUCCGAACAAUUUUAAGCUAUCACUACCGUAACGAUGAAGAGUACAUUAGAUCUGCGCACUCUCAGGUCGAGCUUUCUCUUUGCUCAGACUCAGGGGAGGAGGAGAACAGCUUACAAGAUAAUGUAGGCCGCGUUACUGAUGCCGCUGAUCCCACUGCCAAGGACGACAUGCACCUCUCUAGUUUAACCUAUGAACCAAUAACAUUUGGGAAUGAGGAAAUAGAGAAGGUGUCUAGGAGAGUAUCCGAGUUUUCCGGUGAGUUGGGGGCAGAUCAUCUAAUUAUCAUAACAAUGCUGCAUGCCUCCCCCUGCUCCUACGAUAAUCACAAGCAGCACAAGUACCUUACUAACAUCUCAUCAUUAUCACGCCCUACACCCCAACUUUUAAAGGUGGCCAUAUCUCUAUGCAUCGACCCUGUCAAUCUUGGUGACUCUGGUUCUUGUCAAUCCCGUAGUAGCUGUCCCGAUCCACAACAGACUGCUACGCCCUUAGAGUUCUGCACCAGUACCUUAGCGUUCUCCUACUUCAAUCCCUGUGAUGAUUCCCAGUUAACAAAGAGCCCUGCACUGACUGGUAUAAAUGACAUAGUCAAGGUUGGGCUCAGACUACUGCUGUUCCAGUACGACCUAUACCUCAGAAACACAUACACUGACCUCCCACGUUCUUUGCUUAGCACUUUACUUUCUUCUGAAAGCUAUACCAUCAAUCCAUACCUCGAGCCUGAGAACUCCAGUGAUCCUUUGGCGAAGAGCACAAUUAGAUACAUUCUAAAGAGUAGUAAGCUAGAGCUUAUAGACAGCAUAUUAAAUGAUACCAAAGGAGCUAGCAAUACCGUGUGUUUUCAAGAGCUAUUUAAGCCAGCCAUAGGCCUUUUCAUGCAGAAAUGCCACACACAGACUUAUAAGACGAAGCAGUUUUGGUCCUUAGAUGAUUGCUUUAAAGAGUAUGCGAAGUCAAGCAUUAUUGAAGGCUGGAGGUGCGGCAAAGAGAACCAUCAAAACCCGAGUGGAAAGAAUAGUAGCACGCUCUACAAGGCGCCUCCCUAUCUUAUCAUCCAUUUGAAGCGCUUCGAUCAAGUUUUUGAUAAUUGCGGGAGGUUCUAUCUCGUCAAGAAGGAGGAUAACGUGUGUUACCCUCAUGUCUUGGACAUCAGUCCAUACAUAGAAGAUCAAUCUGACACGGAUCCGAAAAAGUACAUGCUCACAGCCGUCAUUUGUCAUUAUGGAAGCACAAACUACGGUCAUUAUUUUGCUUAUAUUCUUUCUAAAGAGACCGGAGAGUGGUGGGAAGCCAAUGAUGAGCGUGUUAUCCCUGUGCCAAAAGUCAGAGUUAUCACCCCGUUGGCAUAUAUUCUCUUGUACCGUCGUAUCAGUGGGGAUCUGGACAACACUGAGCGUGAAGCACGCAAGAAGCAUCGUACCAGGACAGGAAAGGUUGAUAAGGAGCAGAGUCGCAGACAGGACAUGGCCGACAUUUACAACGAGUGCCAGACCUACAAUCCGCCUCAUAGUCCUCAGGGUUACGAGGACAACGAGUAG